AGGAAGGGCUGCGGCCGCCCACGGCGCCGGGCCUCUGUCCGCGAGCCCUCCCUCGGGCCCAAGCCCCUGCCCUGCGCACGCUGAUUAUCUUAGAUGCUGUCUUGGGACCUUAAAAAUGGAGACAGUGGAAGUGACUGGAGUAUCUAUGAAACGUUCUCUUUCCAUUGACGAAAAUGAUGACCUGGUUCAAGCUGAUGAAGCUAAAAGACAAAAGGUCUCAGAAUGCUGUUUGGCUAAAGAUCAAGAGACUUUGGGUGAUGGUUGUGCCCUGAGCAAUGAGACUGUAACCAGACAGUCAGAAACCACCACUGCCAGAUAUGGUAGAAACAACAUUGAGGCCCAGAUUGAAGAAGAAGAGGAAGAGGAAGAUGGACUUUUGGAAGAGGAAGAGGAGGAGGAGGAGGAGGAGGAGGAUGGAGAGAGCUUUGCUGAUAUGAUGAAGCAUGGACUCACCGAGGUUGAUGUUGGCAUCACAAAGUUUGUGAGUUCUCAUCAAGGCUUCUCGGGAAUCUUAAAGGAGAGAUACUCUGACUUCAUUGUUCAUGAAAUAGGGAAAGAUGGCCGUGUGAGCCAUUUGGAUGACUUCUCUGUGCCCGUGGAUGAUGAGGAUCCUUCUGACAAUAUAUUUACAGUUUUGACAGAAGAAAAUAAGCAGCGUUUAGAAGAACUUCAGCUUUUCAAGAAUAAAGAAACUAGUGUAGCCCUUGAGGUUUUUGAAGACACCAAAGAGAAAAGAACUAUUAUCCAUCAAGCAGUGAAAUCUUUAUUUCCUGGAUUAGAGACAAAAACAGAGGAAAGAGAUGGGAAAAAAUAUAUCGUGGCUUACCAUGCAGCUGGGAAAAAGGCAAGUAAGUGAGUCAGAACUGCUGCAGAUCCAAGAAAACAUUCUUGGCCAAAAUCUAGGGGAAGUUACUGCCACUUUGUAUUAUACAAGGAAAAUAAGGACACCAUGGAUGCUAUUAAUGUACUUUCCAAAUUUUUAAGAGUUAAACCAAACAUAUUUUCCUAUAUGGGAACCAAAGACAAAAGGGCUAUAACUGUUCAAGAGAUUGCUGUUCUUAAAAUAACUGCACAAAGACUUGCCCAUUUGAACAAGUGCUUAAUGAACUUCAAGCUGGGCAACUUCAGCUAUCAGAAAAACCCUUUGAAGUUGGGAGAACUCCAAGGAAAUCAGUUCACUGUUGUCCUCAGAAAUAUAACAGGUACUGACCAUCAAGUACAGCAAGCAAUGAACUCUCUCAAGGAAAUUGGAUUCAUUAACUACUAUGGGAUGCAGCGUUUUGGGACUACAGCUGUCCCCACAUAUCAGGUUGGAAGAGCCAUCUUACAAAACUGCUGGGAUGAAGUUGUAGAUUUAAUAUUGAAACCUCGUCCUGGAGCCGAAAAGGUGUACUUGGUCAAAUGUCGAGAAGAGUGGGCCAAGACCAAAGAUCCUGAUGCUGCCCUCAAAAAACUACCUGUCAAAAGGUGUGUGGAAGGGCAGCUGCUUCGAGGACUUUCAAAAUAUGGACUGAAGAAUAUUGUGUCUGCAUUUGGCAUAAUACCAAGAAAUAACCGCUUGAUGUAUAUUCAUAGUUAUCAGAGUUAUGUGUGGAAUAACAUGGUGAGCAAGAGAAUUGAAGAGUAUGGACUGAAGCCUGUUCCAGGGGAUCUCAUACUUAAAGGAGCUACAGCCACAUAUAUUGAGGAAGCAGACAUUAAUUCCUACUCCAUUCACGAUGUGGUGAUGCCUUUACCUGGUUUUGAUGUUCUCUACCCUAAGCAUAAAAUUAGUGAGACUUAUAAGGAAAUGCUAGCUGCCGACCAUCUAAAGAUUGACAACAUGAAACAUAAAAUCCGAGAUUAUUCCUUAUCAGGUGCCUACCGAAAGAUCAUUAUUCGCCCUCAGAAUGUCAGCUGGGAGGUUGUUUCCUACGAUGAUCCUAGAAUUCCACUUUUCAACACAGAUUUGGACAACCUAGAAGGAAAACCACCACCUGUGUUUGCUGCUGAAGGCAAAUACAGGGCCCUGAAGAUGGAUUUCUCCCUGCCUCCUUCAACAUAUGCAACAAUGGCUAUUCGAGAAGUACUAAAAAUGGAUACAAGUAUCAAGAAGCAGACACAGCUGAAUACUACUUGGCUCCGCUGACGUGAUCUGUGAAGAUCCUAAUAGGGGGGAAAUAGCAGCACCUGGGCUCCCUGUUCUUUGUCUUCUUAGUACAAGCCCCAUGUGGGUUUUGAUAAUUUGUAGCAAAAUACUAUUUGUAUUUUUUUCAAGUUUUUAUUAGCUUAAGUCAAUAGUUCGCAAUGUUUGUUGUACAAAUGUACACAUUCUGGAGAUCCUAACUAAAGUUCCAAAAAAAAAAA